GUUUCCUCAGUUUCGAUAAAAAUAUGUCAAAUCUAUUAUUCCGCAUUAGCGAUUUUAGAGUGAUUUUUCCCGGACUUUUUUGCCUUGAUUUUCUCAUGCACGGAGCAGCGAUUCGCCAGUCUAGUAACUUUACGACCACAUCAGCUUCUAUCUGACAUCAGGAGGCUGUUGUAAUAAGUAUCUUUAAGGUAUCAGUACGAGCCUAUGAGCGUAUCCCAGCGUGGUAGCCAUGUCGAAUUUUCCGCUCCGAUCGACCGAAGCCAGCGUCCCUCGACGUGGCACGAUUGAAGGGGCACUGAAGCGAUGGGAGCAGAUGUUGAAAAGUGGAGAUUUGAGCGAUGUGCAGUUCUCCGUGGGUCGGUAUUUCGGACCAGCGAGGAUUUUCGAAGCCCACAAGUUGGUGCUGAGCAGCGCUAGCGAUGUCUUCUACACCAUGUUUAACGGGAGCCUACCUGAGAAUCGGGAUGAUGCCAUUGAUGUUCCGGAAAUUUCUCCCCCAGCAUUUGAAAAUAUGCUCAAAUACAUCUAUGCUGACAAGGCGGAUGUGACAGUGGAGAAUGUCUUCCCGACGAUGAAGUGCGCUGACAAAUAUGACUUGCCAUUUCUGGGCGACUUCUGUUUCGGUUUCUUCAUGCAGGAUCUCAUCCCGGAGUUUCGCGAUGCCGAUUGCUAUUUACUGCAUCUGGAGAAUGCGCUUAUGUGGGCUGUUGGUAUCGAAAGUGUCGUGGAAAAUUGUCUGCAUUUCGUGGAUGUGCACAGUAAAAUAAUCCUCAGAUCUGAACGGUUCACGGAAUUGCAGUACAACACGCUGCGUGCCAUUUUGGAACGCGACACGCUGUUUGCUGAAGAGAGCCUGAUUUGUAUGGCUGUGGAUCGAUGGGCGGUUGCUGCCUGCACCCGAAGCAAUUUGGAGCCGUCGGCUGUAAACCGGCGCCAGGUCCUGGGGGAGCUGUUUUACCUGAUCCGGUUCCCGGUGAUGACUGUCAUGCAGCUGACUGAAAUGCCCGCAGAAAGUGGAUUCCUGGAGGCUUCAGCGUUAGUGGAGAUAUUCCAUCACAGACACCGCUUCAACGCUCUACCCCGCCGGCAACCAGUCAUCCGGGUCGGGGAUAUGGAAUUCAAGCACCAGGAAGAAGUAUUUGUGUUUAAGCCGCCCUACUGCACUCCUGCACAUGUGAUCGGAUCGCGUGGAUCAACCGCUGUCUGCGUGCCUCUGGAAGACGAAGAUGACGAUGAGGAUGAUGAUGACGAUGACGACCUGCUUAAGCUCAGCCCAGAGCAACUUAUUCGCGCAGCAGACUACUGCACGCUCCAUCAGCCCGUUUUCUUCUGUCGCAGCGAAGUGAAGUAUAUCCGAUCGGAGAACGGCCGUCACAUCGUUGCUGGGUCAAACAGAGAAUACAAAGUUAAUUUUAGUGAGAUUUGUUUAGAAUAUGAUCAGGCGAUAGCGUGGAGAAAGACCAUUGCGAACGGCAGCGGAAAGGCUCCUUCCGUCUCAACGGGGAAGCGUUCACUGGACGCUGCUGGCUUGUCUGGAAAUGAUUGAUCGCUACUGAGACGGUUUUUGUUUACUGUUGAGGGAUAUUGAAAGUUGUCAUUCUGGCACAGGUUAAAAAUUGAAACAAAUGUUUCAGUUUUUAACCUGUGCCAGCAUGGUAACUUACUGCCGCUUUUGUUGGGCACUGGUGAUGAUGUUGGGCCACCUUACUGUUAUUCUUAG